AUCGUGUUCUUAUUUCGCAAAAUUUAAUCCGCGAGCCAUCGAAGAAUCAUCUGACCGCAACAAUGAAGGUGUUCAUUGCAUUGCUGAUCGCAUCGAUGGCCAUCGCUAAUAGCUGCCAGGGUUCGGUAAUUUCUUCGUCGGUGUGGCCACCAUAUUCCACGGCCUGGAAUCACUGGAACGGAUGGAAUCCUUGGAAUGCCUUGGGAUUCCCGUAUACGGAGUGGCCGUCCUAUGCCUAUGGUGGACCAUACGGCUACAAGACUGUGGUUCAAGCUAAUUGGGGAAAACCCGGUUAUCCUUGGAGUGGAUAUCCGUGGUCUGCCUAUGGAGCUGCCGGCUAUUAUGGAUGGGGUCCUUAUGGAAAGGCUGUAGUUCCGGUUGAUAAAAUGGUGGCAGCAACUCCAGGAUCGUUGCAUAUCGCUCCGGUACCUGUAGGUGGAAUAAAGGCUGUUUACUAAAAGUGAUUUGGAAAGUUACACAGUUUAUGGAAAUUGAAUAAAGGACA